AUAGUGCAGUUAGUUUGAAAACAUGGCGAUGAAGGAUCUUUAAUGUUACCUCAACAAUCAUAUUACUAUCACACGAGUAAUGUAUAAUUACAUUAAAGAGUUUAAUUAAAUAUCUAGUGUUAUUUAAAUAAUAAAUAACUCCAAAUGUUACGACGUCGAAAAAUAAAUUUUAAAAUUACUCGCCGGACAUUGCAAAGAUGAACAAUUUUUUUGUGGGUGUGUUAUCUAUAUAUAUUUAUAUAUAUUAGUGAUCCAUUGAAUAGAAAUAAAUUGGUGCUUAAUUAUUGGUUAUAACACAAUAAAUAUACACAUGGAAUGUGUAAAUAAUAUAAAAUAAUAAAUAACCAAUAAAAGUAGUUGUGUUAAUAAUAAAAAGCAUACACAACAAUGUCACUGGUUCCAAUAAAACAAUCACGUCAGGGUUCUAAACACGAUGAUGACGAUGAUAAUAACGAAUUGGAGCGGCGUGAAAAGGAAGAAGAUUGGAAAUUACCGAUUGCUUUUAAUAAACCAAGACAUACUGCUACCAUUGAAGGAAUUAAUUGUACAACACAAUUCUGGCGAUUAAAAGAACGAAUGAAAACAGUAAGUGUCGCUCUUGUUUUAUGCUUAAACGUGGGCGUAGAUCCUCCAGACAUUGUCAAGACUCAACCUUGUGCACGACUAGAGUGCUGGAUUGAUCCAUUGUCGGUGAGCCCCCAGAAAGCUUUAGAGACCGUCGGAUCGAAUUUGCAAAAACAAUACGAGCGAUGGCAGCCACGUGCUCGCUACAAGCAAAGUCUUGACCCUACAGUGGAGGAAGUCAAGAAAUUAUGUACAUCCCUGCGUAGGAAUGCCAAAGAAGAGAGGGUACUGUACCAUUACAAUGGUCAUGGAGUACCAAAGCCGACAAGUAAUGGAGAGAUUUGGGUUUUUAAUCGCACCUACACUCAAUACAUUCCAUUGUCGGUUUAUGAUCUGCAAACUUGGAUGGGUGCACCAAGCAUCUACGUGUAUGAUUGUUCGAAUGCUGGCAUUAUCGUUGACUCGUUUCAGCAAUUUGCUGAACAACAUGAAAAAGAAUACGAGAUUGAGAAGCAAAAUCGAGCUGCCGGUGUCACUGGCGCUCAAAUGCCAUCUUAUAAAAAUUGUAUUCAACUUGCUGCGUGUGCAGCUAAUCAAAUAUUGCCGAUGAAUCCGGAUUUGCCUGCAGACGUUUUUACCGCUUGCUUGACAACGCCAAUUAAAAUAGCUUUGCGUUGGUUUGUUAUGCAGAAUACUUCAAAAUUAGUUCCUAAAGUUUCACUGGAUCUUAUUGAUAAGAUUCCUGGACAAUUGACAGAUCGACGAACUAUGCUUGGGGAACUAAAUUGGAUAUUUACAGCAAUAACAGAUACUAUUGCGUGGAACACAUUGCCUCGUGAUUUAUUCCAACGUUUAUUUAGACAAGACUUGCUAGUAGCAAGUUUGUUUAGGAAUUUUUUACUUGCUGAACGAAUAUUACGUUCUUAUGAUUGUACACCAGUCUCGUGCCCUAAAUUACCGCCUACAUACCAGCAUCCAAUGUGGCAGGCAUGGGAUUUAGCACUUGAUUUGUGUUUGUCCCAAUUGCCAUUAAUACUAGAGUCCGAAGAUCAAUUUGUGCAUUCGCCAUUCUUCGAGGAACAAUUAACAGCUUUUCAAGUUUGGUUAACACUUGGCUCCAAGAAUCGUGAACCGCCUGAGCAGUUACCAAUUGUCUUACAAGUCUUAUUGAGCCAAGUUCAUCGACUUCGCGCAUUAGAAUUACUGGGAAAAUUCUUGGACCUCGGCCCCUGGGCUGUCAAUUUAGCGCUUAGCGUUGGGAUAUUUCCUUACGUAUUGAAAUUACUGCAGAGUAGUGCUCGAGAACUUCGCCCGCUUUUGGUUUUUAUAUGGGCCAAGAUCCUGGCAGUCGACAGCUCGUGUCAAGCCGACUUGGUAAGAGAUGGUGGACACAAAUAUUUUUUGUCGGUUCUACAAGACACCUCGAUGGCAAGUGAACACCGUACACUGGCUACAUUUGUGCUUGCCAGUAUUGUAAAUAAUUACCUGCUCGGACAGGAAGCGGCUCUUCAGGGGAGCCUAGUGUCUAUCUGCCUGGAGCAGCUUAAUGACCCGAAUCCUCUAUUGAGACAGUGGCUGUGCUUAUGUCUUGGUAGAAUAUGGCACAACUACGAAAAAGCUCGCUGGUGCGGAGUACGUGAUACUGCUCAUGAAAAAUUGGCAAUAUUACUUCAAGAUCCGAUACCUGAAGUUAGGACUGCCAGUGUUUAUGCUCUGGGUACUUUUAUUAACAGUGUGACUAAACGUAGUGAACAUGCUAAUAAUAUUGACCAGAUAAUUGCAAUGAUUCUUAUCAACAAUGUUACCUACGAUAUGUCGCCGCUAGUGAGAAAAGAAUUAGUUGUCGCGCUCCAAUGGAUGGUUCUACAUUUUGAAAAUUCAUUUAUAACUCUGGCCGUCGCUGAAGAAAAUUCAAGAAGAGAUCUUGUCGUUGAAACAUUUUCACCCUUCAGUGGAAUGCGCCCAAUGGGAUCACGAGAUCGCUUGAAAAUGUUGACACCAAACAACUCAUACGGUGACAAUAGCAUUGAGAGCAAUUCUGGUUCUGAUCGCAUCAAAAGAGUCUCCUCAUCGUCUUCAAUCAGCAGUUUAGGAAAUAAUUGGGAAUUCGUAAGGAAGCCUUGCGAGUCUCUUGGCCAUAGUUCGAUGGGCAGUUUACCGAGUCUUUCAUACGGUAGCGUGUACAUGAAAUUAUGGCAUGGUCUUGCCGCUCUGGACAACGAUCCUCAUCCAGCUGUUGUGAAAAUGUCGCAAAAAGUAACAAUUCACAUACGUAAUCAAGCUAAAGAUUCUACAGCCCCGAAAGAAGUUGCAGAGAUAAAAAUAGCUUCGUCACUGUCACUUCCACCUUCGCCGUCAAAUCGCACAAAUUACCUCAACAAAGAUUCACCUCCCACAACAAACUCUACCUCUGAUUUGUUGCGAUCAACCCGAAUACCGGUUUAUGGAACUCGUAUAAGAAAACCGAUUCCAAAUACCAUCUCCGAGGAGACAGAUGAAAUAAUCGGGUUACGCAAACCACUGACAAGUUCACAAUUUGUCGAGUGGAGUUGUGCUCAAUUCGCUAAGCCUGUGAGCUUUGACAGCGUGACAGAGUCAACCAGUGACUUGGAAAGUCGAGCACACUACGAGCGUGAAUGGAGAUAUUUGCGCAAUACAAGACAGCGGCGUGAUGCGCGUGAAGAAUACCAAAAGACACAUACAGCGAGAAUUGAGUCCCAGGUAUUCCACAACCGAAGUCCACAGCAGCCAGACGUCGUUAUGCUCCACCCGUUCGAUUCGCACGUGGUUGUAGCUUGCAAAGACAGCUUUGGAGUAUGGGAUUGGCACUCGGGUACUAAAUUGACGUAUCACACGGCUCGCAGUAGUAAGAUGUCUGCUAAAAUUACCUCACUGGAGUUUAUUAACUCCCACGAUGUCUCAUAUCUGAUGACGGGCUCAGACGAUGGUGCUGUACGAGUCUGGAAAAAUUACUGCAACAUGUUGGGUCGUGAACCCACGUUACUCACCGCGUGGCAAGCGUUAGCAGAUGUCCAGCCGGCUACUAAAGCCUCCGUGGCUUCUGCGGGUCUGGUUACAAGUUGGGAGCAACGAUCUCUGACAUUAGCUGCCUCAGGAGACGUAAGAGUUGUCAGACUCUGGGACGCUGCUACGGAAUUGAAGAAACAGGACUUGCCGACGGGUUCUGAUUGUUGCGUCACUUGUAUAGAUACCGACGGAACAGGCUCAAUGAUGGUCCUCGGGUGUGGCGAUGGUUCCGUACGGUUGUUUGAUCGGCGAUUAUCACCCGGUGAAGCGAGAAUAAUGACUUGGCGUGAACACAAUGCCUGGGUCCUUGGUGCUUAUUUACUUAAAUCCAACGGCUUACACACUGAACGUUUGAUCACUGGCUCGUCUAGCGGAGAUGUUAGGAUAUUUGAUCUCAGAAAAAAUUCAUCAAUAAAUGUUGUACAAACUACUCAAGGUCUGACGGCGUUCGCUGUUCAUCCAAUUGCCAAUCUUUUUGCUUGUGGAUCUAUGCAUCACUGCAUUAGUAUAUACAAUACUACGACUAGCCAUCUUGUGAAUACAAUAAAAUUCCAUGAAGGAUUUAUGAGCUCGCGCAUAAGUCCUGUGAGCUGCUUAAAUUUUCAUCCAUACCGAGUGAUCCUUGCUGCUGGGUGUAUUGACAAUUCCAUAACUACUUAUGCCGCUGAACCACGUAGAUGACUAUCGGAGAUUGAAUCCACUCACACCGCGUACGUUCUUUAAUACCAAAAAAGCUAAAUAAAUAAAUUUAAUUAAAUUUAUUUAUCAAUUAUAAAUUUUUUAACUUUAAACAAUUUAUUCUUUUGACAGUAGAAUAGCGUAUUAAAUUAUAGCAGAUUUUUAUAUACACAAGUACGCUGAAUCGAGUAAUAAAACAAUGAUUGUACAUAAUUUCGAUGAAAUAUUAUUUAAAUAAUAAUAAUAAUUUUCAUAGAUGCUGUUGCCCACACAAAAUAUUGACUUAUACAUAUAUAAAUAUAUACAAUAAAUUUAUAUUUAUAAAUAUAUAAAUAAAUGUAAAUAAUUUCACGCGUUAGAAUUUUAACACGACAAAACAAUGGCUUUAUAAAAAAAAAAUGCUUUAUUUUUUUGCAAAAACAAAAUGUUAAGGUUUGGAAACAAUUAUUUAUGCAGACUUCGCAUCAUUAAAUAUAGUUAUUAUAUUAUAAAUUCAUAUGAAAUUUAAUACAAUUAUUUUCUUAAUUUAAAAAAAAAUAAAACUUAAGCAAUCCAGUAAUCCGACGUUAAGUCGUUAAGUGUCUUUGGUCGCUUUCUCUUGCAUGACACAACAAUAAGAAUUUUUUAUUAAAAAAAAAGUAAAAUAGAAAUAAAAAAAAAAUAAUAAAAAUCAUUACCGAAGGGCGGAAACAAAUGUACGAUGACUGUAAUGUAGACGACGAUGAAUCAUACGUCUUGCGCCGCCUUUGUACAUAUAACAUGUCUAAUUACAUUAAUUAAUAAAAAUUUAUCAUGCCGAUCGCUAUCUCCUGCAAAUUUGUUUAGUUUUGUUUUCACUUCUUUUUUUACCAUAAGUAAAAUUAUACGUAUAUAUUAAUACAAAAAAAAUGUAUUGAAUAUUUUUUUAAUUUAGAACAUACUGUAUACUUAUAAGCGAAAACUUUUAAUGAGUACGUCCUGUCAUAGACUUUUUUUUUAGUAAUUACUUAAGAUAUGAUGUAUAACCAACGGAUGCUUUUCGAAGAGUCUCAUUUGGUAUCUCGAGCGCGACACCCCUUAGUUUAAGCUUCGAGACCCUGAUGAUAUCUAAACAAACUUUAUUCCUCCAGUAUUUGAGAUAAUAAUCCCAUAAAAUAAAACUAAAAAAUAAAUAAUCGUCUGGGUUUGAAUCAAAAGAAGCCUCAAGAUCCUCAACUCUCUAUCCUACAGCUAACUUUUGUUUAAACGAGACGAUCAUAAGCAUCAAGCAAUUGAGAGCCAGCAUAUCGCGUGCGCAUAAUCAUUAGCAUCGCAAAUUUUUCUUGCCUCGCCUUUGGCUAUUCAUUUAUAAUCAUCCCUUUAUCAAAAAUAAAUAACUGAAACUCUCUUCGAUAAAAUAAAAUGAGUUGAAGAAAGCAUAACAAUCUCUGAUCGCCUGCAUUCAUGAAAUCAAUUGAAUUAACAAUCAAUCAAAUGUAGGUAAAAAAAAAAGUAUUAAUAAAUAACAUUCCUUAAGUUUUCAGUGUGGAUAAAAAUGCAAAAAUAGCAACGUAAACGCAGUUAAAAAAAAAUUUGUAUACAUGAAUAGAUUUUUUUUUCUAUUCCAAGGGAAAGACCAAGCAGCUGUCUACUAUUAUUAUUGUAUUAUAUAUCUACGAGUGUGAAAACGAAUUGAGCCUGAGUUGUACUACGAUGAAGGAAGAAAAACGGCACGCGGUGAACGACAUCGUAUUAUACAUACAUAUACACCGUUUAUAUUGAUGCGUAUGUAUACUGUACGUGAUAUAUACAUUUAUAACAACAUAUGUGUAUACAUAAGCAGUAUAAAGUGAUGAAGAUGGUGGGGAUCUAGAAGUACAACAGCGAUAGAUACUUGGAGCUCUCACCAGUCUACCAGACAAUCUCGCUGGUAGUUGGUAGUGCCUGUUUUUAUUAUUAUUGCUGGUGUUCUUACAGCUAAUGCCAGUAAAUAUAAUUUGCCUAGAUAAUUUCUAUCAGUUUUCAAAGCAGUCGACAAAA